AUGACCGGCCAUUGGAAAUGAAUGGAUUAGACUACAAAAUACAGAAAUAUUAAGUGUUCAAGAGCAUCUCAAUCCUUUACAUGAGCACAUAUGUGGAUGUGUGUUUGCACACACAAAGUUCUCAGAAAUAUGCACACACAAACACACACAAUGUGUGUUGAGCACCCUUUUGUGCAUCGUCUUUCCAUGUACACUCUUUGAGGAAUAUUUCAAGAUCUACUCAUCAUAUUAUGUUGUGUUUGGGCUCAUUUGAAUCGGGAUAGUCUGCUGUAAGUUACGAUAUGUCAUUGUCUAUGUUACAUGUAUGUUUCAGGAAGUAAUAAGGAAAAACACGACAAAAAGACACUCCUGUUUAUUAUAUUUACAGUAUGUGUCUCUGUGGGAAUUUCAUACACUAAAACUCACUGCAGUUUGACCUCUUGAGUGAAAACAUUUCCAGUAUAUAACGCAAGGCUAUCUCAUCUUUUUAUGGUUUUACCAACUCUGAAUACAAAUGUUGUGAUAAAUUUGCAAAUGAUGAGAACGAAACAUUUACGCAUUUGGCAGACGCUUUUAUCCAAAGCAAAUUACAGUGCACUUAUUACAGGGACAAUCCUCCCAGAGCAACCUGGAGUUAAGUGCCUUGCUCAAGGACACAAUGGUGGUGGCUGUGUGGAUCGAACCGGCAACCUUCUGCUUACCAGUUCUGUGAUUUAGCCCACUACGCCACCACAGUUCUUAUUUGUCAGCAAAUUCAUGUAAAGUCCAGAUUCUAAGCUUUAAAAUGACACAAACUUUGUUUAGAUCAAGCAAUUGGUUAUUAAUUUAUGUAAUUAUUAUAUAUUUUUUUGUUUUCUGCAGUGAGUGCCCCUCACUAGCUCAGUUCAAUAAAUCCUUUUAUCAAUAAAAAGAUAUAUAUUUUUAAUAUUUACUAAAAAAGAAGUUGCUAAAAAGAUCUAAUGCAAUAUUUUGUGAUAAUAUAUGCAAUAUGAGAGAUUUAUAAACAAUCUUAGUGGGCCGGUCAUUUUUGACCGGGAACACAAAAUGUGUUAGCACAAAACAAACAUGACACAAGGGUUAAAAAACAAGCAAAAACUGCAGUAACAGUGAGGCACUUACAAUGGAAGUGAAUGGGGCCAAUACAUAAAUGUUAAAAUAAAAUGUAAACAUUAUAAAUGUUAACAUGAUUUUAUUGUGAUAGAAACACUCACAAGGUUUAAAGCAAAGUGUAAUUGUUGUAAAAUUGGAUAUAACUUUACACUGAUAAGGUUAUUAACAAUUUUAUCACACUAAAAUCAUGUUAAAACACAAUGUUUACAUAUUGUAUUGUAGAUUUACUGUUGUAACAGUGUAUUUUAGUUACUGGAUUGGGCCCAUUGCAAGUGCCAUGAUUUCUGCUUUUAAAUAAACGGAAAUCAACAUCAUACCACAAAUGUUGUCAAUUGAUUUUAACCUGGAGCCCUGUGUCGCAGCACACUAAGCGAAGCAUGCAUACUGACCACCUUUGAAGAUACUGCCCUCUAAUGGAGGUUCUGUGAACUAAAAGAACAUGAUUAAAUACUAAGAUCUCAAGUAUGGAGAAUUAAUUGCAUGUUUUACACCCAAAGUGAGCAAGAUCAAAAUAGAAAUGCAUUUAUUCAGUUUUCAAACCUAAAAAUUCUGUCAUCAUUUACUCACCUUAGAAGAAAUUUUACAAACUGACAGCUUCAGUCACCAUUUACUUUUAUUGCAUCUUUUUUGCCAUACAAAGAAAGUGAAUGGUGACUGAAGUACUAAAAAUGAAAUCUUUGGUUUGCUGUAGAGAUGGACGUCCUCUUAACGAUGACGAGAUCGCAGGGAUGUUGAUUGGUCUAUUGUUGGCGGGACAGCACACCUCGUCCACCACCAGCGCAUGGAUGGGCUUCUUUCUCGCACAGGACAGAACAUUACAGGAACGUUGCUACAAUGAACAGAAAACCAUCUGUGGAGAAGAUCUUCCACCUCUCAACUAUGACCAGCUGAAAGACUUGAGUUUGUUAGAUCGUUGUCUAAAGGAGACACUCAGACUGCGACCCCCCAUAAUGACCAUGAUGAGGAUGGCAAAAACCCCACAGAAAGUUGGUGAAUUUACCAUCCCACCCGGACAUCAAGUGUGUGUGUCGCCGACAGUGAAUCACAGGCUUCAGGACACGUGGUCAGAGCGGCUGGAGUUUAAACCUGACCGCUACCUAAACGACAACCCCGCGGCCGGAGAAAAAUUUGCUUAUAUUCCAUUUGGAGCGGGUCGUCAUCGUUGCAUCGGAGAAAACUUCGCAUAUGUGCAGAUUAAAACGAUUUGGUCGACUCUGCUGAGGCUGUUUGACUUUGAGCUGGUGGACGGACACUUUCCUGCUGUGAACUACACAACCAUGAUACACACACCGCACAACCCAAUCAUCAAAUACACACGGAGAAGCACACAACCACAACAGACCAGCACUAAACAGUAUUGAGGGAGAACUCAAAAUUACAACUAUGUUUUUAUUGUCAUUUUUAAUACAAACCCUUUGUAAUCCAGCACAAGUGAAAACAAAAAAUGAUCAGGCAGGUGUUUUAACCCUUUAAGCUCAAAUGGGCCUGGGAGAAAAAUUAUAAUUGUCAAAAUAUUAAUAACUAUAGUCUUGACACACACAAUAGGUAUUGUUUGGAAGAUUAGAAGCUUUAAUUUCCAAUGCAUGUUGACAUUAUGACCAAAACUGAACAAGUGCUUUGAAAUUUGCAGACAAAUCAGAAGUGUUCCGUUUUGAUAAUUUAUUAAAAAAAAAAACUGCACUGCACAUAUUAUUGCAAUCAAUAAAAACAUCAAACUGAUCAAAUAGCCAUGUGUCAUAUGUUGUUGGAAAGCUCUCAAAGAGUAGAAUACAACCAACCUAUUUGUUUUACUCGAAAACAAUAAUAAGUAUGUCUUUGACAAUUAUGUUUCAUGUGAACAGGUGUUGCUUAUAGGCCACGUUUUCCCUUAAAACUUCAUGAAAAAUAAACAGAACAUAAAAUAUCA